AUGACUCUUGACAUCACAGCGUGUGCAGCCAUGCUUACCGACGAUCGUUGCCGCGAGUUUCUGCAACAAGCUAGAGAUAUGAAACUUCAAAUGGAUGCCCUUGCCCCGCACCCACCGGACAACCCCCUAGCCGUCGCAGUUGAUGCAACCAUCAAAAAGAAGGACUUUAAACGCAGCGUGGAUGGACAUGGUGAAUCCACUCGGACUGCACGUGUUUGGCUAGAUUCCGGGUCACGGAAGGAUAGCGAAGCUACAUUGGUAGAUUUGCCAAUUGACUUCAAGGCUUUCUCACCCCUCGAAGAUUCCAGACAGAGCUUUGUCAAGGAUAUCACACUCCCAGUCAAACAGAUCAUGGAACACGACGGGGUUCUGUCCCUGCACGACCCAAACUCGGUAAAUGUUCAAACAUCGACUCCUGCCUCUGUUCCACAUCAGAUGGCUCCAUUGCCUUCGAUUCCCGUGGAAGACAUCGAAAUGAUGACAUCUCUAGCACGUCACUCAGCAAACUCAGGACUGUCUCCUGCAGAUCCUCAGAACGCAGCAGCAUGCUCUUCUGCCGACUCCCAUCCGUUGUUACUGGAAAUUCCAACCUUCUCUAUGCCCGGAACUUGGUUCGGGCGUCAGGGUCUUACUCGACCAGGCAUACUUCACGUCGAUUUUGCGGUGGGAAAUGGCAUUAUUCCCGCAACUUCGUCAAGUAGGGAUCCUCGCCAUGAGCUUCAGGAAGGUGAUGGCCUGGAUAUUACUCUUGAAAAAAUCAGGAAUGCGGGAGAGCAUUGGCCUACCAAAGGUACCAUCGUGGUACAGUUGAACAUUGAAAGUCCCAAUGGGCGGUCCUGGCUUCCCUAUGAAUUGGAAAAGGGGGCACUGAAUGUGACUCCGUCUAUCACGCAAGGCAAUAACACGUUGCGUCUAAUACAGCUCAAUGAUCUAUCCGACUUUACCUUCGUUCUGUACGCCCUCUCGCCAGAGCUUCCAAAGAGGGCGGAGCCUUGA